GGCUGCUCGUAGGACUUUCCAGCUGGGCUCCCUUCGCCGCUUCUCUUCAGCGGACCAGCGUCGCUGCCGUCGAUCCACCUGGGUCCCGCCAUGGAGGGGCUGUUGCGGGGUGGCCUGAGCCUCGCCGGGCUCCUGUCGUUGCUGCUCGUCGCCGGCGUCACGAAAGAAGCCAGCGCACAAGUGUUGUGUGGGGUGCCUGCCCUGGGACGGAUCGUGGGCGGUGCUAAUGCUCAAAAUGGACAGUGGCCGUGGCAGGCCAACCUGAACUUCAAUGGUCAUCAUGCCUGUGGGGCAACCGUCAUUGCCCCCCAGUGGUUGGUUUCAGCUGCACAUUGCUUCCCAAAGGUGAAUGAUAUCUCAUUGUAUGAGGUGACCCUGGGGUCGUACCAACUGAAAAACCCCUCUCCAGACAUCCAAGUGAGGCAGAUAGAAGAAGUGAUUAAGCAUCCCGAUUUCAAUGAAGACGAAGGCUCUCAAGGAGACAUUGCCCUGGUGAAGCUCAAAGAAACAGUUCCGUAUUCUCGGACUGUAAGGCCGAUCUGCCUGCCUGCCUCUUCGGUCAACUUCCCUCAAGGCAUGAUGUGCACCGUCACCGGCUGGGGGAAUGUCCAUGAAUCUACGAGCCUCCCCUCACCUAUGACGCUACAACAACUCGAAGUACCCAUCAUUGGUCUGGACACCUGCAGGUGCCUGUACAAAAGGAACCCAGAUCCCGAGGAGUCCCACACCCUUCACAAUGACAUGAUGUGUGCCGGCUUUGUAGAAGGCAAGAAGGAUGCCUGUCAGGGUGAUUCCGGAGGCCCCCUUUCCUGCCUCGUGGACAAUGCCUGGCUCCUGGCUGGCGUCGUGAGCUGGGGAUCCAGCUGUGGGGCUGCCAACAGGCCCGGCGUUUACAUCCGCCUUCCUUUCUAUUCCGACUGGAUUAAGGAAAAAGUUCCAGAAGUUCAGCUUCAGCAAGUGACAGUCCCUACAAAGUCGGCCCCGGAAGGGCCCCUGUGCUCCAAUUCAGGAAUGGGAGGCCCCUAUGAUGACAUCCAACCCUCACCUGGCUGGAACCGGCCUCUCAAACCAAGCAAGGAUUCUCCCAGCAGUUCUGUUUCCCUAGCCUGUGGGGUUGGUCUACCACUUCUCCUCCUCCUCCUCUUCCAGACCUUCCUGUGGUAACUUUCCACUCCCACCGCUAGAUGCGCAGGGAACGUGGUUGUCUUCCUGUUCUUAUCCUCCUGGCAAUGGUCUCCCUAUUUCAUAGCCUGCUGUGCUUCAAGCUUUCUCUUUGCACGCUGGACGCAGAGAAGGCAGCAUGAUUUGAUUAGGAUGUGGUUCUUUUCCUCCGCCUCUCAGGUGGUCAUUGAGUGUGUAAAUCUACCUGCGGUCUUGGCCUAGCAUAUGGCUUUUUAAAAAGUUCACUCACUUCACUCCUAUUCCUGGAUUUUACUCAGAGGAUUUAAUUCAUAAUUUUUUGGGAGUGUCUUAUUUUUUUUGCCCCUUUCCCAUUUCCCUGAGACUUGCUUGGCCUUUAAAAAAAAUCAUAGCUGGGUACAAAUCUGUAAUAAACCUGUAUUUUUUUUGUUUGUUGCUGUGGACAUAAUUUCAUAAGUCAGUGGGAGCCUAGUCUCCUUUUUAGGCAAAUUCCUGAACUGCAUUUGGAUAUGACUAACCUCUCUGUUGAGUAGUUGGCGCCCUUCUCCGAUUGCAUUCCUCCAUUGCAUUCCUCGCAUACGUUUUGAAACGUGAUCGGUUUCAAGGCAGCUUCCUCUCUGUCCAGUCCCUCCUUUCCUGCUCAUAAUGUGAAUUCUCUUGUAGCCUUCCUAACAGUUGCUGUGAAGACAAGGUCCUCCACAAUAGUUGGACGUUAUUCAAGGACCAAGGUUGAGCCCUUUGAAAGGAAUCGGUCAGCUGAAUCCUUUUUCUUGCUUAGGAUUUAAUUGAGUUCGCUGUCUGAUGUCUUGCCAGCUGUUUUGCCACCUCUUUCUCAUGGUGGUUGCUUAGCUCCAACAACUGCUUCCUAUUGGGGCCCCAAGGAGCCCGAGUGGGCAGGCAAGGAGUGGUUGGGAGGGGAGGGGCUGGCAAGGUACCCUUUGACGCAAAUGACAUUAAGUUGGCCACGCCCACCCAGUCAUUAGGCAGAUGAUAGUGGUCCACCGGACUUAAAAUUAUGAAUUCAGUGGUCCCUGAGGUCCGAAAGAUUGGCGACCCCUAUUCUAUAGGACCACUUCCUCCCAUGUUUGGUUUACUUGACCCUCAUUUCUUCUGGGCUCCCUAUAUGAUUUUAUUUACCCACACUUCCUUCUGGCUCACAGACUGAAUAAAAGGAAGCUCGGCAGACGUCCUGGGGACUUUGAAACCAACUUGUUGCCUUUGAGCUGGGUAAUUAGGCUCACCUCUGUGUGCUGCUAGCCUUUGCCUGAUUUAAGCUGGAAUUUUGAGGGGUGGAAAUGCAGCCGCUGGAUGUUUCUGUGUAAUUUAUGAAUCCCUCCAAGGUGGGAUGAGGGCAGAGAUUCUGGGAUGUUCUUAUGUGUGUGGACACCUCAGUUCAGAGGUACUAUCAGUUUUCGUUGUGUGUCACCAAAUGUCAGCCUGAAAGAUUUGGAAGAGCACGGACCCCAAUGUGAAGGAGAUGAAGAGGACACCUUAUUUCCAAGUAGGCUUGGACAGAAAUAACUGCCAGCAGGGACGCAGAAUUAAAAGGAGUGGGACUGAUAAUGAUCGAAAUUCAAUGAUGAUCGUAAUUGCCCUCUUUGGGGGGAAAAGAGGAUUGCAACUGUAUUUAGAUAAUUUAUGUUUGCCCAAACUUUAAAAAAAAUAUCUUAAUGUACGGAUCAUCUUUUAAGGAAGGAUUGAAAUCAGUUGCUGUUUUUGAAAUGGUUUUAAAUAAACAGUAAUUCUACA